AUGCAAUUCCAGCCAGAGUUUGCGUUCUGCCAACUAAACCUGAAAGCCAUUGUCCGCCUGCCCAGGCACCACAAAACCCGCAAGCUACGGACGAGGUCAUUAACUCUGUUCGCCUUCUCAGAUGAAGCACAUCAAGCCUUUUCUGACCUGCCCUUUUGGCCCACGCUUGUAGUUACAGCCACGCUUCUCACUGUCACAUGCUGCUCAGGGAGCGUGCAUCCUGUCACUUGCCUCGUCAGCAGCUGUAAGAACGUGCUCAUGGCCCACGCGCACCAGGAGCCCAGGUCUUUCAACGGCUCCUUGAAGAACGUGGCCGUGGAGGAGCUGAGCAGGCAGGGCUGUGCCGUCACCGUGUCGGAUUUGUACGCCGUGGACUCUGAGCCCAAGGCCACAAGGAGAGAUGUCACUGGGCCUCUGUCCAAUCCUGAGGUCUUCAAUUAUGGGGUGGAAGGCUGUGAAGCCUACAAGAAGAGGGCUCUGACCAGCGACAUCGUUGCAGAGCAGGAAGAGCUUCAGGAAGCUGAUCUAGUGAUAUUUCAGUUCCCACUGUACUGGUUCAGCGUGCCGGCCAUCCUGACGGGCUGGAUGGACAGAGUGCUGUGCCAGGGCUUUGCCUUCGAUGUUCCCGGCUUCUACACCUCCGGUUUUCUCCAGGGUAAAUUAGCCCGGCUCUCGCUGAUGAUCAGCGGCCCGGCCAAGAUGUACAGGAAGGGCGGUGUCAGCGGAGACUUUCAGUAGUUCCUGUGUCCCCUCCAGCAUGGCGCCCUGCACUUGUGUGGAUUUCAAAUCCUUGCCCCUCAGAUCAGUUUUCCUCCUGAGAUUGCGUCAGAAGAAGAGAGAAAAGGGAUG